GUCGACAUUACCAUGACCGACACGCCGGGCCAGAUGGACUAUGAUCGCUUGCGCCCUCUUUGUUACCCAAAUGGCAACGUCAUUGUAUUGACCUUUGACAAGAGCAUUCCAGAGUGUUUCGACAAUAUCGAAGAAGCGUGGAUGCCCGAGAUUCAACACUUUCUACCUAAUACCCCCAUCGUACUCGUGGGAAAUAAGAAGGACCUCGAGUACGACCCUAAAAUAAUCCAAGAAGCGAAGAAGAUAGGUUACCACCCAGUCACUUAUGAAGAGGCAAAAAAGGCGGCCAAACUUCCAGGGGUGGUCAAAUUCCUCGAGACUUCUGCCAAGACGGGGGAAGGUAUCAAGGAGGUGUUUGAAUUCGCUGCUCUGUACGCCUUGCUGGGGAUGGGCCAGGAGAAGCCCCCAAGUAUCUUCAGGAGACUGUUCUCAAAGAAAUGA